AUGAAACCAGCUAAACUGCAAGAUCAUCUGAGAAGAUGCCACCCUGAUAAAACAGAGAAGGAUUUGAAAUACUUUCAAACACUCAAAGAUAAAUCUCAGAAGAGACCUACCCUGGACAGAAUGUUCGCUUCGACGUCACAAAGAACUGAUGAUGGUUUGCGGGCGUCGUUACUUAUAGCAAAAUUCGGAAAACCGCAUACUAUCGGAGAUAGUUAA